AAAACUUUAUUACUUAAGAAAAAAAUAUGUUCACAUUUUACAUUUAUACAAUACAAUGACGCCAACAACUUUUUUUGAAAUGAUUGGUCUUCUAAUAUUUGCCACUCUAUUGAAAAAUGGUCUUACAUACAAGGAAGACGAAAAAAAAAAUUUUAAAAGUUUCUCUUCGUUAAAUUCUUUUGGAAAACCGGCCGAAGCAAAAGUAAUGUACCCGACAAAAUUUAUAGAAUAUGCUAAAGAAAUCACUUAUUUUGAUUUGAAAAUACUCAAAAUUGAGCAUUUUUUUCAACCUGUAGACAGUAACUAUUUGGAAGAAAAACUUAAAACCUUCGAUUUUAAAUUCAAAGAUUUAAAAAUUCAUAGGAAUUCUGAUCCUAAUAAUCUUCCACAAAUUUUGACAACUCCAUCUAAAAUAGACACAAGUGAUAUUUAUUUAAAUUCAACACAUUACUUUUUGUGUAACAUACUUAAUGUUUCCUAUAUGGACGAGUAUAAAAUACGAAAUUUGAUUUAUGAAGCAUUCCUACAUAAUGAAAUUGUUAAUAAAUUUAUAAUCAGCGCAGAAACUAAAAAAAAUUAUUUAGAAAAAAGAAAAAUAGAACAAUUUGGUGUUAAAUUACAAUAUUUGGAAUUGUUCGUCACAGCACUUGUACUUAACGUUUGCAUUUAUAUUUAUGAUGAAGUAUUAGAUCAUUGGCUCUUUUUUCAUAAAGACUGGCCUAAUUAUAAAAAUCUUGAUAUGAAACAAGAAAAAUGCAUCUAUCUAGCCAAGCCACUAAAAAAUAUUAAUAUAUAUCCUGUUUUACAAGUGCAUAAAUAAAAACUUAUUUAAUAUAAAAAAGAUUUUUCCUCUGUUUUA